AUGAAGAGGCGCUCCUCCGGAUCAGCCGAUGAUGGUGACGAAUCCUCCCUCGAGUCUGAUAUUCCCGACCCCGAUCCUAGAUUGACGACGCGCACAUCGCCCGCACGAAUUCGACGACCUAGCAGCCUCAAUUGGAAACCGUCGAAUGAUCGCAAUGGUAGAAACGGCCAAGCCAGAGACGAUAUUCAAACAGCGACCAGCUUGAAACCAACUUCUCUUGCUGCCCCGUCAACCCCCGACAUGGCCCUCGCUAGGACACCAACGCAGUCUCCUUCUCCAAAUCGGCACACGCGUCGUCCACGCUUCUCGAUUGUCGUCUUGCUCGUUUCUGCGUUAGGGAUUGCGCUCCUACUCGGUAUUCUUCGGUCACUCGUGACUAGUCAACUGGAUCCAAAGGGCUGCCGUAUGUCCUAUAUGCGCCCAUCAUACGUGCGCUUCACCGAAUUCGAUACCGAGCAUACUCGCUUUGCAACCAAAUAUUCGUUAUACCUCUACCGCGAGCAAGGUGUCGAGCCAGCAGAUAAGCUCCUCGGAAUCCCUGUGCUCUUCAUUCCUGGAAACGCAGGAAGCUACAAGCAGGUCCGUCCUAUAGCUGCAGAAGCAGCCAACUACUUCCACAACAAUCUUCAGCACGACCAUGGCGCUCUCGAUGCCGGCAUCCGGAGCCUCGACUUCUUUACUGUGGAUUUCAACGAAGAUAUUACAGCGUUUCACGGCCAGACUCUACUCGACCAAGCCGAAUACCUGAACGAAGCUGUUCGCUACAUCCUUUCGCUCUACUCCGAUCCUCAGCGCGUCACGAGAGAAGACAAUUUGCCUGAUCCUACAUCGGUUAUUGUUCUGGGGCAUUCUAUGGGUGGUGUCGUUGCGAGAGCUAUGCUUGUUCAGCCUAAUUACCAGACAAACUCGAUCAAUACCAUCAUCACAAUGUCAGCACCGCAUGCUCGCCCUCCUGUCACCUUUGAUGGGCAGAUAGUCCAGAUCUACGACGACAUAAACGAUUAUUGGCGUCGGGCAUAUUCACAAAAAUGGGCCAACAAUAACCCAUUGUGGCACGUUACCUUGGUCUCAAUUGCAGGCGGUGGCCUGGACACGAUUGUCCCAUCGGAUUAUGCAAGUCUGGAGUCUCUGGUUCCGCCGACACAUGGGUUUACUGUCUUCUCUACCGGUAUACCAACUGUUUGGACAAGCAUGGAUCACCAGGCCAUUCUUUGGUGCGAUCAGUUCCGAAAAGUAAUUACGAAAACGCUCUACGAUAUUGUCGACGUUCAUCGCGGAUCGCAGACCAAACCACGGGCUGAACGAAUGAAGACUUUCAAGAAACGCUUUUUGACGGGAAUGGAACCAACGAUGGAAAAGGACUUGCCGCUGAAAGAAGCAACAACUUUACUCACACUUAGUGACGACUCCGAUUCCAUUCUUCCGGCUGGACAGAGACUUGUCCUGAGUCAAAUCGGCAGGCAGUCAAAACCUCAAGCUCAUCUACUUCCCAUUCCACCACAGGUUUCACCCGAGACCAGACGUUUUACCGUUCUUACGGAUGCUCCUCUGGACGACGCUGGCGAGAAUGGCAAAUUGGAGGUCCUUUUCUGCAGUGUGUACCCCUUUCAAUCUGGACAAGCCACUUCGCUCUACCCUUUCCAAAUCGACCUCUCAGGAGAUGACAGUGGCUCGACAAGACUUGCUUGUAAGAACGCAGCGUCGGACCGUAUUUUGCUUCCUGCAUCUACGUCAUCAUCCAGAUAUCCAUUUUAUCUCGACCGCGAACGGGAAAUCGUCCCAUUUUCUUACCUUCAAUAUGAUCUUGGACAACUCUCUGACCAUCAAUUUGUGGCCAUUGUCGAAAAGGCUACUUCAAACUCUCCGAGCUUUUUGAUCGCAGAGUUCAGUGAUAAGUCUGCAUAUUCGAAGAAAGAGAAUCCUGGGCUCAUGAAGUUACUCGUUUCCGGAAUUUCAAUGGAACUCCCCCCUAGUCGCCCGAUGUCUAUGGAAGUCAACAUUCCUUCGUUGCAGUCAGCACUUCUCGCCUACAAGCUUGAGAUUACAUACCCCCAGUGCGAAGCCGACAAGGCUCUCUUCAGCCCAUUGGUUCGACAAUAUCUUGAUCAACCGUACGAGUCAAAAUAUUUUGUCAAUGCUCAAUCUGCCGAUAUCAGCCUUCAUGGUGUUGCCCCCUACUUGCCGCCUGCCUUGGGUUCUGGGGCCGAGAAGGGCUUGACUUUUCAGUUCUGGACUGAUCCUUCUUGCGACUCCAACCUCACAAUCAAAAUCAAGCCUGACUUCUGGGGUAGUCUCGGUAAAUUAUACAUGAGGUAUCGAACUGUCUUCGCCGCAUUCCCUAUGUUGACUGUGGCACUUGUGUUGCGCAAGCAGUUCCGCGUCUAUGACAGUUCAGGGGUCUUCAUUUCAUUCUCACAGAGCUUAGACCUGUGUUUACGGCAAUCAAUACCUUUACUUCUCGUGUCAUUGACACUUCUCUCAAUGUCACUAGAAGGCGUGCCGGUUACCUGGCUUGGCAGAUUCUUUAACCAGGCCCACACGGAUCCUUUGAGUGUCGAUUUCCACCGUCAUGAUAUACUCAUUGGAACGGAUGAUCCCUUCUUCUGGUUUCUCGUCCCCCUCAUUGGAAUUGUUUGUAUCGGAGUUUGUGCUGUCGUUCACUACAUGACAAAGGCACUUACACAUAUUCUCAGCCUCGUCUAUUGGGCAGUAACCUCGUUUCCUCUGUUAGGGUCAACAGAUGACGAAAGGGUGAUUAGCUCACCUGCAUUUGUCCCAUCAACCCCCAAGAGACGCAUGAUCACCACAGCCAUCCUCUUAUUUCUUGUGUGGACGUUUAUUCCCUAUCAGUUUGCGUACCUGGUAGCAUGCCUGGUACAGCUCUUCACCGUGGUCCGAGCCCUACGCAUCAACGCCACGGCCCCUUCAGACGCUAAUUCGAACUACUACCAUUAUGCGCACUCUGUGUUGCUGCUCAUGCUUUGGAUCCUUCCCAUUAAUUUACCUAUUCUGGCGGUUUGGAUCCGGAACUUGGCAGUACAUUGGCUCACGCCGUUCUCCUCACAUCAUAAUGUUCUGUCAAUAAUGCCAUUCAUCCUACUCGUGGAGAACUUGACAACCGGCAAGAUGGUGCCUCGUGUUAGUCGGCUCUUGGGCUAUGUCACGAGUCUGCUUCUGUUCGCCACUGCGCUUUAUGCCGCUAUGUAUGGCAUUUCCCAUGCAUAUAUGCUUCACUAUUUGGUUAACAUCAUCGCCGCUUGGCUGGUUGUACUGCAUUCAACGAACGACCCCUUCUCCCUAAGUGGAUUAGGUGCGAUAUUCGACAGUAGCCCAAGUGAAGACCGAACGAAGACGAAGGCGUCCAUGUGA